AUGUGUAUUAUGGCAUCGUUGGAACAUUUCAGACAACAGAAUAAUCAUCGUUUAUCUUUUGAGUUAUUUGGAUUUGAUGUGAUUCUCUCGAUUAAUGGUGAUGUAUAUAUACUUGAAGCAAAUUCUUCGCCAGAACUUGAUUUAAAUUCAGAACUUGAUAAUUCUAUCAAAGUGCCUCUUGUUAAAGAUAUGUUGAAUCUUGCUUUAAUACCUCAACCGUCAGAAAAAGUUGAUUUCAUUGAAGAAAAAAUGCAGAAUCGUGAAGAUGAGCAAUUUUGCGCUGCGGUAUGCAUUUCUGAAUAUGAAAUUGCUCAACGACAAUGUGGUCGAUUCAGAUGUAUUUAUCCAACUGUAGAUAGAAUUAUCAAGUUACAAAAAUACAUGAACUGCAAAGAACCAGAGGAUUUGGCUCUUGAGCAAUGGAUUUCAUAUUCUAGAGAGGAGCAAGCAGCAUAUAUUUCUGUCUUAUAUGAACAUUUUGAUCAUGUGCUUGAAAAUGCUAAUCUAAAAAUUUAA